CUCGUCGUAAAUGCCUUUUGAUAUCCAAUUUACGAUUUGUAUGCGAACCACCAAUUCACUGCAUCCCAACGACACACCACACUCAUCUUAAUCUCAUUUGCAACGAAACCAAACCAAAACCUAAAUCUUCAAUCUUCAAUUGAAUUGGGAUUAGGUUUUUCUGUCCAUCCUUCCUCUUCUCUCAACCAUGGCUGAAGUCAUCAACAUGCCCCCCGAAUCUCUCGAUCAAUCUCCCUCUGCUUCCGCUCCUCCUCAACCCCCUCCACCAGCCACUUCCGCCGCCGAAGAUGACCCCCCUCCGCCGCGCCGCCGAGACCGCCGCGACGAUCGGGAAUUAGACCGCCACCCCAACCGUAGCCGCGAUUACUACGACCGCGACAGGGACUUCAAGCGCCGCCGUAGCCCCAGCCCUGGCUACCGCGACCGCCGCUACUCUCCACAGCCGCCAUCGCGUCGCUCGCCUCCGCCGUACAAGCGGUCUCGGAGGGGCAGCCCCCGUGGUUAUGGAACUGAGGACAGCAGAUUUGGGUAUGAGUAUUUUGGUGGCUAUGAACGAGGAGUGGGUGGAAGAACUGGUUAUGCGGAUGAGAAGUCUUAUGGCAGGCUUGCACAUCGAUCUGUUGGGGGAUAUCAUAAUGGGAUGUCUGAUGUGGAUAUUAAUCGUGGUUAUACAGAUUUGUCAAGUGGAGGUACACAAAGAGAGGGGUUGAUGUCCUAUAAACAAUUCAUUCAGGAGCUUGAAGAUGAUGUACUGCCAGCUGAAGCUGAGCGUAGGUAUCAAGAAUACAAAUCGGAGUAUAUUUCUACCCAAAAACGAGCUUAUUUUAAUGCUCAUAAGGAUGAGGAAUGGUUAAAAGAUAAGUAUCAUCCAACAAAUUUACUAACAGUAAUUGAAAGGAGGAAUGAAAAUGCUCGACGACUUGCGAAGGAUUUUUUUCUUGACUUGCAGAGUGGAACGUUAGACCUAAAUCCUGGUUUGAAUUCCUCUUCGUCCAGUAAAUCAGGGCAUGCCAGCGAACCUAAUUCAGAGGAAGAAACAGAUGGUGGCAUUAAGCGAAGAAGACAUGGUAGGGGACCUAAUAAAGAUAAUGAUUUCUCAGCUGCACCCAAGGCUCACCCUAUCAGUUCUGAACCUAGACGGAUACAAGCAGAUAUUUUAAAAGCUCAGGCUGUUGUUCGUAAGCUUGACAUGGAGAAGGGUAUUGAAGACAAUAUCUUAUGUACUAGUGACCACAACAGAAAUGGUGAAAAGUCUCACAGUGGAUCUGUGGGCCCCAUAAUAAUAAUCCGAGGCUUAACAUCUGUUAAGGGCUUAGAAGGUGUUGAGCUAUUGGACACACUUAUUACAUAUCUUUGGCGCAUUCAUGGUAUUGAUUAUUAUGGAAUGGUUGAGAUUAAUGAGGCCAAGGGUUUUAGACAUGUGAGACCAGAAGGAGCAGGGCAUGAAGAAACAAGUAAAUCAGGUUCCGAAUGGGAGAAAAAACUUGAUUCAUUUUGGCAGGACAGGUUGAAUGGUCAGGAUCCAUUGGAAUUGAUGACUGCCAAGGAGAAGAUAGAUGCUGCUGCAGCUGAUGUGUUGGAUCCAUAUGUUAGAAAAAUUAGGGAUGAGAAAUAUGGGUGGAAGUAUGGUUGUGGAGCUAAGGGCUGCACAAAGCUUUUUCAUGCGGCUGAAUUUGUGUACAAACAUUUGAAGCUAAAACAUCCCGAGCUUGUAAUGGAACUGACAUCAAAAUUGCGUGAGGAUCUUUAUUUUCAAAAUUACAUGAAUGAUGCUGAUGCUCCUGGUGGAACACCUGUCAUGCAGCAACCUCAGAAGGAUAGGUCUCUAAAGCGAAGAUUAGGAGGUUUGGAGGGCCGAUUGAAGGAUGACCGUGGUAACAGGCGAGACCAGGACACAAAUGACAAAAUGAAUGGAGAUAAUAGUUCCCCAUCCAAUGAAAGGCAAAUGGGAAACCAUGAUGAAGCAAUGUAUGAUUACGGAGGGCCUGGUGUACCUCCAUUUACCUCAGAUAUGCCCCCUCCUCCGCCAGUUUUGAUGCCUGUACCUGGGGCAGGGCCUUUGGGACCCUUUGUCCCUGCUCCACCAGAAGUUGCAAUGCAGAUGUUAAGGGAGCAAGGAGGACCGUCGUAUGAUGCCUCAGGAAGGAAGAUGCGAUCUGGUCCUCAUAUAGGUGGACCAGGGCCUAUAAUUGCUGUCCCUCCAUCCUUUAGACCAGAUCCUCGACGGAUGCGAAGCUAUCAAGAUCUGGAUGCCCCUGAAGACGAAGUAACUGUGAUAGACUAUCGGAGCUUGUAGGAGUUGGUGGAAUUCAUCUAACUUAUAUGAUUUUACACUUUCUUGAUCAGAGCUGCAGUCUACCCUUAGCGGGCUUAGGGUUCAUUUAUUUGGUGCAUUUGUCUGAGUCUUAUUUUCUAAUGUGGAGAGCCGACGGAUCUAACUUUGAUUAUGUACUCGAGAUAAGAUUUGUAGAAUUCAUUCACAAAAUGUCAUGUGAAAGGAUAAUUUAUAAAUAUUAGCCGAUUUGUUAUUUACUGGAUAAUGGUGUGCUUAGCAUCAUGUGAGUGAAAAGUUACUUGGUAAAUGAAAACUUCCUCUCUUAUUUAUUUCAA